AUGAGGAUAUUGAGCAGUUUCCUUGUGUUUCUCGCUUCCACUGCUGCAGUGGCAGCAGAGGAGGUCCCCUCCAACGCUGAACCGGGCGCGGUUUCGACGACAGGCUCCUCGCUGGUGACACCACCUCCUCUUCCUCCGCAAUCGAACCAGGAUGAAGGAGCUCUCGAAGCCCGUGAGAUUGUUCAGAACCCCGGCGCUGCACCCGCUACCACGGCCACGCAGAUGAACCCUACCACGACGAUAUGGCAGGAAACCACGCUGAAAGACGGUGAGGUCGUCACGGCACCCGUUACCUACGUCCAAACAUUUGCGAAGGUGCCAGACCAAUGGCCGUCGCCCUCGAGCGGUUCCAUCGGACUGGGCACGUUGUCGGGGAAGAUUGGUGUCACGUCCACCAUCACGGUGGAGGCUCGCUCGCUCAAGGCUCGAAGUGAGGGCACUCUGGGCCAGACGCCGUGGAUCGGGAUGGCAGUGGGAUUGACAUGCACGGCACUGGCAGCUAUAAUGCUGGGUUAA